AUGGCCGAUCUGGCAUUCACGAUUACUGGCUGUCGGGGUAUCCUCCUUGGACUUGAUCUCACUCCUGUGGACCUCGACGACUCGACGUCGAUCGAUUUAUUCCAGAAUACCAACUCUUUCACUAUCGUCACGAAGCCAACCUCUCUCCUGUCGAUGCGGACAUCGAGCGGCAUUCCAUCUCGGCAUCUUCGUCAGGCAGAUCCGUCGAAUUCUUGGGAGAACGCGUCAUUUUUGAAGAUUCCAAAUCUCUUCCUGGAAGCAGAAUAUUUGUGUCAGGGGACCAUUGAUCAGGCUUCUUCUCAGCAUCACUUCCAAGCCGUGCGAAGCGAGGGAGUCAAUGCCUACCCAUACAGUCUUUGCCGUGUUGUACGGCUUCCUCACGUUGAACACCUGGGGCGUCGAUCAGUUCAUGACGACACUGCCGGAAAGAUCGAGGUCCCGCUUCUGCUCGAAAGUCCGCAAUUAUCGGGAUGGUGGCACCAAACAGUUGGGGUUGACGAAUGGUUGAAGAAGGGACUAUAA